UUGAUAGUCGACGUAAUCGUGACUAGUCGACUAAUCGUGGCAGCCCUAGUAUAGUGUCAUCAGUAUGACAUGUGUUUGCAUAUACAUGCACACAUAUAUGUCUGCUGGAAAGUCUCGAUUGCUCAUUGCCACUUUACAGGAAGGAUGUUCUCGGUGAUAGAAGUUGAUGUAGGCACUGACAGCUUUUAAACCACUAAACCACAACUCAAAACACAAUGACUCUUAUGAGUAAACUGACAAAAAAUUCCUGUAUAAAUUUAGAGUCUGCCAACUGUUGACCUGUCAGCCUUUGACUGAAAGGUUUGAGAUAGCACCUAAAAAUAUUCAAAAUAUAUCUGUACUAAUGAAAACCUCAGUAUUUGACUGUUUGUAAAAGGAGUGUAAUUACAGAAGAAAAAAAACAUUUUGAGAAACAUUCCACAUUUCAAACCAGGAAGACUGGUAACAGUUUAAUAUAUAUAUCUGUCAAAUUGCUGUCUCAGAGAAAGCAUUCGAUUAAGUUUCAAAAAUAUUAAACUAUUCCUACAAUGAAAUUUAUGAUAUUGUGUGAAAUUAUCCAACAUUUCUGUAAUAAAAAAACAAAAAACAAAAGAAAAAACAAAAUCAAAAACUUCCUGCUUCACUGCUUUUAUUUCCAUAAGAAAUAGAAUACAUGUUUUAUAUAUAUAUCUAUAUAUAUAUAUAUCUGGCUACUGCCACCGUUCGUGAAGCAGUAAAAAUAAACUGUCAUAUAUGAGGUUGUGUAGGUGUCGUUUCCUCCCUUUGUGCCCACAAACCUGCAGAAGCAGGUUGUCUAAGGGAUCACUUAAAAUAAAGAACUACAUAGACGUCACUUUUUCAGCUACAAUGAAGAAGACUUCUUUCCUCUAUUGCUUUUUAUAUGUUACAUUAAUCGAUGGAGACGUAAUUAAUGUAGAGGAAUUUGAGGGGAGAAGUGUCUCCUUCCAGUGCUCACACACAUUUGCAUGGAGCAACAACAAGUAUUUCUGCAAAGAUCCAUGUACAAGCACAGGAGACGUACUAGUUACUGUAGAAUCUGGAGGAAGAGCAGAGUCAGGGAGGAUUGCUCUGGUGGACUCUGGGGAUGGAUUCUUCACUGUGACCUUCAGCAACCUUCAGCUGUCAGACUCACAGAAAUACUGGUGUGCAGUGGAGCGGACUGGUUUUGAUACAUAUGCUGAGAUACACCUAACAGUAAAGAACGCUGUUGCAACCGUGACAACUGUCAUACCGGGAGUUGCCACAUGGACAAAUCAAAAUACCAACACAACAAACUUCACAACUGGAACAGGAACCGUGAAGCCUUUAGAACUUUCAACAGCCCUAAACUUCACAGCUGAAGAAGAACCUAAAAUCAACACAGACACCAUCGUGUUUGCUACCGUUGGUAGUGUUGGUCUGGUCUCCGUCUUGCUGCUGGCAGUAUGUUUCUGGAAGUCCAGAAAAACCUCAAAACAUAAACAAUCAGUUUACUCCAAAAGUGCAGACCUCACCAGUGCAAACAAAAGAGAGGUCAGCUGUGGUUAUGAUGACACUGACAAGAGGAAAAAGGGCAGUAAGAAGUCUCCUAAGAGUUCAUCUGUCUCUACUCACCAAAAAAGAGAAGAUCCACUAACAUCUGAUGCCACAGCGACCAAAUGUAGUGUACUCGCUGAUACUGAUCAAAACAUCUCUUUCCCCAAACUUCCUGAAUGUUCAGGAUAUUCACUCACAGAGGACCAAAAUGACUAUGAAAAUAACUCUGGAAUCUACAUCGAUAAUUUGCCAGCUUUCAUAUUUGAAAGAACAGAUGAUGGUGCUUGUAGAAAGCAAAUAACUGAACCUAAUGCAAGCAAAAAUACACUGAGCUGUGCAAACCGUUGUGUCUCCAGAGCCCCAUGUGAAUCCAAUGAAGAGAAGCCCAGAUCACUUUGGUUUGGUUUAGAUUUAUCAGAAAUAAAUCAGAAUUAGUUUCAAAGAUCUGAUUUGUAAAUUUGUUAUGGACAUUUAUGGAAAAGUGAACUUCUUCACUAAUCAUCAAUAACAGUCUUCACCAUUAUUAAAGUUGCACACUGUAUUGUACUGUCAGUGUUUCCAUUUCAUGGCUGUCUCUGUCUGUUUUUGUAAUUUAUACUUUGGUUUUGUUUAACCGGGAGGAGUCCCCGGGGCAGACCCAGGACACGCUGGAGAAAUUAUAUCUCUCGGCUGGCCUGGGAACGCCUUGGUGUUCCCCCGGAACAGCUGGAGGAGGUGGCUGGGGAGAGGGAGGUCUGGGCUUCUCUGGCUGCUGCCCCCACCACCCAGCCCCAGAUAAGCAGAAGAAAAUUGAUGGAUGGAUGGAUGGAUAGAUGUUGUUUAUUAUAUACUUUUAUCAUAUAUUAUUUGCAUCACAUUUGAUACAUUGGGCGUUUUGGCAACUUUUUGUUAACAACAAUGUUAAUUUUAGACAAAAAAAAGAGUUUGGUCCAUAACAUUUUGAAAUUAUUGCAAGUAUUGAUCAUGUUGAUGAGGUCUCAGAAACUCAUGUAGCAAAUACGACACAAAGGGCAUUAUAGGGUUAAGAACAAGUCUAAUAGCUUGUUGACUCAAAGCUAAAGUGAGAACUGACACUGACAUAUGGUUAACACGUCAGGGGAAAUGUGCUACAUUUCUAGUGGGUGAAAGUUAGUUAGUGUAGUAUCUUGUGUGUUUUUGCAUGUGUUGACAUCUGCUGUUGUGGUUAAUGUUAGCAUGUAUAUACCUAAUAGGCUGUUUGUUUGCAGACAGUGAU